UGCCGCUGGGUUACGGCUGGCACGGUACUUCCAGCUGGGGGGAAUUUCCCGGCGGGAGCCGCAGUUCUCCAAAUGGCUUCUUUUGGUUGGAAGAGAAAGAUCGGUGAGAAAGUUUCAAGAGCCACUUCUCAGCAAUUUGAAGCAGAAGCUGCGGAUGAGAAGGAUCUGGUUGGCGAUGAUGAUGCUAACUGGGUGCACGCAACUAAAAGAAGAAAGGAAAUUCUCUUAGAAGACUGUGUAAAGAAAAGUAAGGAGCUCAAGGAUGAAGGUGCAGAUUUGGCUGAAAACAGGAGGUACCGAGAGGCUAUUCUCAAGUGGGAUGAAGCACUUCAAUUAACUCCAGAGGAUGCUACGCUUUAUGAGAUGAAAUCACAGGUCCUGAUGUCUCUACAUGAAAUGUUCCCUGCAGUGCAUGCAGCAGAAAUGGCUGUCCAGAGAAACCCACGUUCCUGGGACGCCUGGCAGACUUUGGGACGUGCCCAGCUUGGAUUAGGAGAGAUAGCACUGGCAAUCCGAAGUUUCCAGGUGUCCUUACACAUCUUUCCAAUGAACCCCGAAGUAUGGAAAGAGGACCUUUCCUGGGCAAGAAAGCUACAUGAACAGCAGAAGGCAACAAAGACUGAGUCAGUGCAAGCACUGCUAAAAGCAAAGGAGCUUGUACAAGAACCAAUCCCCGACUAUGACUUUGAAAGUGAUGAAAUUGUGGCAGUAUGUGCUGCCAUCGCAGAGAAGGAGAAAGCUCUUUCAGCAGCUAAAACAGUAGUGAUUGUGUCUGCUUCAGGUACAGUAGAGACUGUUACUGAGAAGGACAAUUGUCCCACAACUCCUGAUGAAACCCUUUUCGUCAGAGCCCGAUAGGGCAGCCUCAUGGGUUGCCAUCCUGUUUUAAGAACUAGUGUUAUUUAUUGUAUUUGUCUUGCUUUGUGUUUGGUGGUUUUUUUUUUUUUCAGUUGUAUGAGAACCUACAAAAUUUAAAGAAUUGAAGUUAGUUUUCUUUUGUAAAUUAAAAAAUCAAUGACCCAAGUUUUUGCUCUACUCAUAUUUUUGGAGAAGAAAGCUGAGUUGAUUCUGAAAAUUCUAUGAAAAAAUGUAACCUUAAAUGCUUAACUGUAUUCUAACAGCUGCUUUCAUCUUGAUGUAUUUCAUAAUUUUACAAGUGAAUGUCUACAUUUUUCCAACAAUUUGGAAGCUUUUAUUUAAACUGUAAAAGUAUGGUGGUUUAUCCCCAGCUGGCAGCUCAGCCCCAUGCAGCCACUCCCUCCCUCCCUCCUGGUGGGAUGGGGGAGAGAAUCGGAAAAGUAAAAGGGAGAAAGCUCGUGGGCUGACACACAUUUUAAUAGGGAAAACCAAAGCUGCACAUAAAAGCAGAGCAAAACAAGGGAUUCAUCCACUACUUCCCAAGGGCAGGCAAGUGCUUAGCCAUACCCAGGAAAGCUCCAUCAUGUGUGACAAACGUUGGGAAGAAAACACCAUCACUCUGAAUGUCCUCACUUCCCCUACCACCUUCUUCCUCCAGUUCUGUUUGUUGAGUAUGAUGACAUUUGGGAUGGAAUAUCUCUGAGGUCAGUUGGGGUCAGCUGUUCUGGCUGUGUCCCUCCCAACUUCUUGUGCACCCCCAGCCUCCUUCCUGGUCAAGUAGGUUGAACAGGAAAAGAUGUCGACACUGUGUGAGCACUGAUAAUGAAAAAACCCCUGUGUUAUCAACACUGUUUCCAGCACAAAUCCAAAACACAGCUCCAUACUAGCCACUGUGAAAAAAAUUAACUCCAUCCCAGCCAAAACGUGCACAAAAAGAAAAAAGGAAUUUUUACUUCAGUCAUUAUUAAUUAACUUUAUCUUCCAGUCGAAGUGUGAACUGUUUUCUGUUAUGAGCAGUCUUUAUUUUCAAGAUUACUUUUUCUUUGAGAUAGUGUCCUAUGAAGCAGAGGUGGAUUAUUGUUUUCUGUGUGUGUGACAGAUUUGGUUUCUGAUUUGUAGUCAGAUGAGAUCAAGUAGCAACCUUUAUGUUGCUUUCAUAGGUGAAUGGGUUAAACACUGAUUGGAUGAAAGGAAAUGCUGUAGCAAACAAGUCCCUGAAUGCUGAGUUACUACUAAGUGUUUCACCAGAAGAAAGAACAUUAGUUUCAGACUGAAACUGGCCUUUCCUUACCUUGAGUGCUGUGCUGCAGACAUCACCGAAAGUAAAAUGGUGUGAGCAGGAAGUAGGUUUGGCUGAGGUGUAUUGUGUUCAGCCUUUUCUUUCCUAGUGAGGCUAAUCUGAUAAAGAGAGUAGAUUUGUUUUUCCUAAUUCCUAUGACCUGCCACUAAAAGUAUGUUCUUAGUGAACUAGUUUUUCAGGACAGCAUUGCUUUUCAUCCCUUUUGGAUUUUGGAUGCUGUGGUGGGCAUUCACAUGGUGUUAACACAGAGGCAUACUGCAGGAGAUUUCUUUGAUGUUCAUCCUUCUUUAGGGGAAGGUGGCAAUUGGUUCCUCACACAGACAGUGCAGAGAAAGUAAGUCAGGCUGUUGCUUUGAUGUGCUCUGUGCUGAGAUUGCUCUCAUUUCUUUGUAUUGGAGAUGUGGCAGAGAUGGUGGCCUCCUAACUGUACUGGAAAAAACAGUCAACUGAGGAAUUGCUGAAUAAUUCAGGAUUGGGAACAUGUCAUUUUUACUUGAUUUUGAUAACAUUUUGUGUGAUAACAUUUGAAAAAUAGUUUUGUAGACAAGUGAAACCUUUUGAAAUCAGUCCUAGAAUCAUGUAAUCAUAGAAUCAGAUGGGUUGAAAAAGGACCUCUGAGAUCAUCAAGUCCAACCCUUGGCAUCUUUGCAUUUUUCAAGUCUGGUUUCUAUUGUCAAAAUAACAUGUUUUAAAAGAAAAUAAUGUUGCUCAAGAAGCAUAGUAGUUUUUGCAACAGAAAAUGUAUUGCAGAGAAAUUAUCUCAAAUCAUACUUUAGUAUAUCUGAUACUAGAGUAUCUUUAUUUAAGAGGACACAGUCUUUGAAAAAAUUAAUUAUCCCUUUCAAAAAAUUAAUUGCCAUAUAUUGUACUAAGUUUUCGUUAAUUUUUGCAAGAUUCCUCCUGAAUAAUACGGGUUUUUUUGUAUGCGUGAAUUUUUAGAUCUAUGCUUGCACAAGCGCACACACACAGAAAAGUCACACUUCUUAAUAUCUUUUGAGUAUUCACAAUAAUUACAGUUACAAUGACUAAAAUAUGUUAAUAAAUCUAAAACAUCCUACAUUUUUAUUUGUUCAUUCAACAGAAAUAGAUCUUAAAUGCUUAUUGAAGAGUCUUUUCAUUAAGAUAUGGUUUGCUGGUUUAAAUUAUUACAGGUGAAGGACUUUUUAAUCUUAUUUCUCCUAUCAGUAUAAAUGAUACAAUCUAGUCAGUCAUAGCACAAGUUAGCAUGGGAAGAAUUUGGACAGACUUCUUCGAAGACGAAAUGUUCUCUGACUAGAAACGGAAAUCUAGAAAUUUGGCUAGAAAGAGUGAGAUGCUCUAGGGCAUGUUUUCAUUUUGAAGGAGCAUAGCUAUAUCCACCACAUCUUUUCUUUCUCUGUGCUUUAAACUUGCGUCAGUGUUCUGUACUUACUCAUAAAGGAAGGAGUUUCCCUCCUCUCAGAGGCCCAUGUUAUCACAGAAUCUGUUUCCACUGAAAUGAUCCACAAAGUUCCUAUUGACUUCAGCACUGCAGGGCCAAACUAAUGGAGAGCUGUGCACCUACACCAUCAGGCAGAAUGGCUGCACCGGGUUCCAGGGGUGGUUCUUUCCAUCCCCUGCACCAAAUGUGUUUUCCUUCUGAUUAGAUUAGGUUAUGAAUACUAGGUAUUGUCAGAACUGUAGUGUUUUGUGGAGCACUGUAGAGCAGAUAAGUUCUUGUGGCACUGUUAUUCUCAAGCUGGGAAGAAGUUCAAAAAUUGAUGAUUUUGACAUUGUUUUUUGUACAGUAUGCUAUGUUUUGCAUGUAUGGAACUUUCUGGAUCUGUUUGACUAAAAUACUUCUCUGCUAUUUAGUGAUGUCUGUUUAUUCUUUUGGUUAUAACAAACAUAAGUAUUAUUGCCGAUUUCGGAAUGUUCCUCAUUUAAUAAUUGGCUUCUGUCUCUGGGAAACAUGUUAAUGUGGUAUAGCAAAAAAAAAUUAAAGACAUCUCCCUCCAUGCUUUUAAGCCUAUCGGGAACAAAAAGAGAUGUUAUCUGAAAUAGGGUAUCUGUGACACUCCCCCUUUGACAUCAGGAAUUUAUUGUUCUUCAUCCUGAGUAGUGGCAAUGACUGCAGUAGCUUCCAUGUGUUUGCCUUCUGUGUGAAUCACACAUUAAAAUGCUCAAAUGUUGCAAUGUUGUUAAAGAGAAAAGCACAAGAAUAACAGGAGGUUAGGUGGAUUCAUUUUGCUUGAUUUAAAAAUCUACAGUUAAACCUUAGAAUAGA